AUGGGCGAUAUUUCUUUGGAAAUGGAAGGGCCAGAUAAAGUAGAAAUAGUGUUAAAGGCAACCAGAUAUCUCAAAGACACGGGCUUGACUCCCAAAGAUAUGGAUACGACAAAUCCAUUUAAAGGACCAAAAAAUGGAGCUUUCGCGAUCAUUCCCUUCGAGGACUGUGGGGUCAGUGAACUGCACGGGGCAUUAGUCCUCCCAGAACCGGGCAAUUCUAGCAACGACGAUGACACAGCGUUGUGGAGGAGUAGUCAUAGACCGCCAUCGUCCGCAAUAAUAGAACUUCCACCUAGUGAGGAGGUUCAAUACGAGUCACAGCUAUUCAUAAGUUCCAGUAAUCCAGCAAUCUCGCAACAGCAUUUGCUAGGUGGAACGGAGCAAGUACUUGAGCAACAUAUGUUGAAUCAAGAGCCACAUCCAAAGGACAAGCCUGCAGCUGACGAUGUAGACACUAUAAACCAUCAGCAUUCAUCCUCAGCGGAGCCCGACUCACCAGCAAUCCCCUUGAUCCAAGCAUCUCCGCGUGUAGAAUCCCCUGUGAAGGAAGAUGAAGCCGCAAUUUCACCAAGUCCAAAGACCGAGGUGGGAUGGAUGGACCGUGCGGCGGGGGAGUUGGGAGACUUGCCUAAUUUGGCAAAACAGGCACUUUUACUUCAACCUCAGCUCUCAAACUCGAACUCGCCAACAACACCCAAAACGACGGGUAUCAAAGAACCAGAAUGUCCCAAAGCAAUGUCAGUUGCUGAUGAGACUGUGGCGCUUGUCCCUGACUCGCAAUCUGCAGGAGAUCCAACAUCUAUCAUGAUAGGCUCUAGUUCUUACAAGUCACCUCAGGAAGCUAGUAAAACUGCUGGGACUAGCAGCGGGAUACCAGAACCCAGCUCCCUCAAUAACUCCCGGUUAAAACGUCCUAUGCAUAAACUAUGUGGUUCUUCCACGAAGAAAGCAGACUUUGACUGGGAUGAAGACCUUCGUGUGAACGCUGAAAAGACCCAGACACAGGCCCAGGCCCUAGCGAUUUCAAAGAUUCCCAGACAGACCCCAAAAGCCAGUGAGCUAGCCAGCGUACCUAAGGGAAAAAAGAAGCCCAAUUCGACGGCAAAGAAAAACACCAAAACACUGAAAUUGGCACCACAGUCUGGCGACAAUUCAGCGAAGCAAAAGAAACAGAUAGCCCGCCAGGUUACGAAAACCUUGACUUCAGGCCGCCAACCUCGAGGUGCUGCCGAGGCAGCUAAUAAAAAAAUGGCCCUAGCGGUAGAGCGGGAGAAUGCGACGUAUGACCUUGAUGACCCCAUCGAGUCAAGUUACCCAGGUUCGACAAGCCUAGAAGAUCUUGCCACCCAUAUUCAGUUUAACGAGGAGGAUGCAAAGGCUGCUGCUGGCGAGGUGCUACCGAAGAAAUGUGCAAACACCGAAGAUAUGGUAUCUAGUAAAGAUCUAGGUGAAGUCUCAAGUGAAUUGGCUAUUGAUCGUGAACAGGUGACAGCGGUUGAAAAAUGCGGUCUAAAUGUCUCUUUGCAGCCUGAGACAACACAGAACGCAUCAACACGCCAGCUAGAAGCUGCUAAGCCCGUCAGCGAUGAAGAUACUGUGAUAAAUUUGUGCAGCGAUAGCUUCAUAGGAGAAGAUAGCCACGAAAAGAAGCAGAACGUGGUCAGCCAUAUACCGAUAGCAGCGGCAUCAAGGCAAACAAUGAGCUGCCCCUCAAAAAUAACAGCCUCAAACAAGCCACAGACGAUAGCGAAGAAGCUUGCAACCGCUUUGGAGAGCAUGGGGAUUGCAUCUGCCAGACAGGAUGCCAGACAAGAAACAAACAUCACAGAGAUUAUGGGUAAUCAAAAGAGAGUCUCGAACCCCAUAGGCGAGAAAAAACGGAUGGCUGAAAAUGCCUCUCAGGUCUCUAAAAAUGUCUCCCAGUUUAUGUCUCGAAAGCUAGCGUCGGCUGAAAAGCCAGUGCCUGUGCCAUACGACCUCAAUGCAGAGCCUACCCUUGGUACAGGCCAGGCAAGCAAUCGAAACGGGCCCAAUCGAAGGCCAUCAAAGGACGACUCUGAUAACUGCGCGAUACUGGUUGGGGAAAGGCCAACUGAGGCUGCAGUUGAAGAAAUACCUCGUAGCGUCACGGAUGGAGGCGAACAGCAGAAGCCAACGAGGUCAGUCAAAUUUGACAUAGCUGAGGACUACAUCCACACUUCAACGAGCCACUCGCCUGACAACAGCUCAGCCGAUGACAGCACUUCCCCGGCCCAGGAUACUAACACUGAAGCUGAUAAGGGAGCGGCAUAUCCAGCUAUGGAAGAUGCAGACAGUUCUUCGCUGUCAGGAGAGUAUAAUCAUGCGGAAUCUUUUGACUCAGAAAGUAGCGAGGAUGAGAAUGAAGAACCGUCAUCUAGUUUUGUUCGUGAAUCGGCAAAAGAUAGUCCAGUACGGUCAAUGCCGAUUGGUUGGCUAUCCCAAACAGUUGACGAAAAUGGGAGCCCAAAACCACGACUGCAGGUCAAUCGUAAUAUUCACGACAAACGCUAUCUUGAAGCUCCAGGAGAGCCAAAGACACAAAGAGAGCAUAUAUAUAUGAACCCACGCCCCUCGGUUUUGUUCUCGCAGCAGCUUAAAGGGCGGGAGGCUGGCACACGCAGUUUUCUGGCCAGCAAUCGUUCGACGAAGGACCUCAAUGGCAGUGAAGUAACCAAGGAUGACGAUAAUAUCCUAAGCAACCUGAACGCGAGACAAGAGCGCAGCUGGCAGCAUAAUAGGCCUAUCAAGACAACUGACAUCGUUCGCCCCCAAGGAACAUUCCAUGAAACGGAAUCAUCUAACCCAGCGACGUUGACUCAAAAUAAAUCUUUCAAGUUAAUGCCACGGCUAAAAGCUCAUCAAACCAACCCAAUUCCACGUCGUGCGGUCAAGAAACGCCCCAUGAUAGAUGUUAAGAGUUCACGACAGUUCGAAAGCAUAGACCAUGGUGGAGACGGUGCGGACACCGAAGUGGAUACAGACAAUGAGGUUUCACUACGGGAAUGCCCGGAGCCCGUGAGAUACAACCAGCCAGAAUGGGAAAGUCGCUUCCCGGAGAGCUAUAGAGGGAGCAGGGACAUGCUGUUUGAUACAGGCAACCGCCUUACUCGGGAGCUCUGGGCAAGCGAGGAUAGGAUGUUCCGUUCCGUAGACGUUUACCGAGCAGGGUGUGACAGGAUGAUCGAUCAACUUGAAGGAAUCCAUUCCGAAAAAUUCGACCAGUGUGAACAUACCCUCAGACCAAUCAAGAAAAGGUUCCUUGGGAUGUUCGAGAAUUUCUCCAAGAGGCUGGACAAUGACCUUGAGUCUAUCAAGGCGGCAUCUGCGAAUUUCCCUAGCAUAUCUAAGGACCAAAGGAGAAUCACCAGUAAGAUCGACACAGCAAUUGAGGAAUAUGGCGCGAAAUUGUCCGAGAUAGAACAUUCCUGCCUUCUCACCUUCUCGUCCACUUCAUCCCCUGAAUAUCUCAUCGAGAUACCUGCGAUGUCGUCCCAGUGGUACAUAGAAAACCCAAACGUUGGGAAGAAGAACCAAGUCGAGGACUGGAGAGUUCUUGGAUAUAAUCCUCUCACACCUCCAAACCUCCUACAACAUGAAAUCUCCCAAACCAACGAAUCGAAGAACACCGUUGUUACUUCUAGAGAAGAAGCAGCAGCCAUUGUUAGGGGCGAAGAUGCGAAGGGUCGUCUCCUCGUCAUCAUCGGGCCAUGCUCUAUCCAUGACCCCCAAGCUGCACUCGAUUACUGCGAUCGCCUUGUUAGAAUGAGAGAGAAAUAUAAUGACCAGCUCAUGAUUGUUAUGCGCUCCUAUCUUGAGAAACCACGAACUACCGUCGGUUGGAAAGGGUUGAUCAAUGACCCAGAUAUUGAUAACUCUUUCCAGAUCAACAAGGGCCUCAGGACUGCACGUCGUUUGUUCGUCGAUUUGACCGAGAAAGGCAUGCCGCUUGCUAGUGAGAUGCUAGACACUAUCUCGCCUCAGUUCCUGGCAGACUUGCUAUCAGUGGGUGCCAUUGGUGCUAGAACUACUGAAUCGCAACUCCACCGCGAAUUGGCCAGUGGUCUCUCGUUCCCUGUUGGAUUCAAGAAUGGCACUGAUGGCUCUCUUGACGUUGCUGUUGAUGCAAUUGGCGCCGUUAAGCACCCCCAUCACUUUCUUUCUGUGACAAAACCGGGCGUAGUCUCGAUCGUCGGAACCGUGGGCAACGAGGACUGCUUUGUUAUUCUCCGUGGAGGCAAGAAGGGAACCAACUUCGACGCAAAGAGCAUAGCAGAAGCUAAAGAAAAGCUGUCGGCGAAGGGCUUAUCUCAACGUUUAAUGGUUGACUGCAGCCACGGAAAUUCGGAGAAGAACCACAAGAACCAACCCAAGGUUGCUGCUGUUCUUGCCGAACAGAUAGCUGCUGGUGAAGAAGGAAUUAUGGGCGUUAUGAUUGAGAGUAAUAUCAAUGAAGGAAACCAGAAGGUGCCCCCUGAAGGGAAGGCCGGUCUCAAAUACGGAGUCAGCAUUACCGAUGCAUGCAUUAACUGGGAGGACUCUGAAUCAGUUCUCGAAAUGCUUGCAAAUGCCGUUAAACAGAGACAGGCGCGACUUCAAGCCAACGGCGCUGAAUAA